CCAGCGGGGCCUGGGCCAGUAGCGGCUCCGGGGCUGCGGAGGCGCUAGGGGCCCAUCUGCAGCGUCAUGUGAGCGGGACCGGGUACGGGCGCUCCCCGGGGGAGGUGUGACCCCUUUUCCCCCUCCCCCGGGUGACUGGAAGGCUGUCCCCACCCCAAGAUUGCUGGAGAGACAUGAAUAAAAAUAAGGGCCAACGAUCAGUGGUGCUAGGGGCCCUGUUUGCUCUCAUCACCCUCCUCAUCCUCUACAGCUCCAACAGCGUCAAUGACGUGUUCCCUUACAGUUCUCUUCGAGGCCGCUUCCACCGGCCACCCAACCUGAAGAAAUGGGCCAUUGCUGACAGCUAUGUCCCAGUCCUUGGCAACAAGACACUGACCUCCCACUGUCAUCAGUGUGUGAUCAUCACCAGCUCAAGCCACCUUCUGGGCACGAAGCUGGGACCAGAGAUUGAACGGGCAGAGUGUACCAUACGCAUGAAUGAUGCACCCACCACAGGCUAUGAGGUGGAUGUGGGGAGCAAGACCACCUUUCGAGUUGUGGCUCACUCCAGCGUAUACCGUGUUCUACGGAGACCCCAGGAAUUUGUCAAUAAGACACCAGAGACUGUGUUCAUCUUCUGGGGACCCCCCAGCAAAAUGCAGAAACCCAAUGGCAGUCUGCUACGUGUCAUUCAGCGUGUGGGUCUUGCCUUCCCCAACAUGGCUGCCUACGCCGUCUCACCCACCCGAAUGCGUCAGUUUGAUGACCUCUUCCGGGGUGAGACGGGCAAGGACAGGGAGAAGUCUCGAUCCUGGCUGAGCACAGGCUGGUUCACCAUGGUAAUUGCCGUGGAGCUCUGUGAUCGAGUCCACGUCUAUGGGAUGGUGCCACCCAACUACUGCAGCCAGCGGCCCCAGCCCCACCGGAUGCCCUAUCACUACUAUGAGCCCAAGGGGCCAGAUGAAUGCGUCACCUACAUCCAGAAUGAGCGUAGCCGAAAGGGGAAUCACCACCGCUUCAUCACUGAGAAGAGGGUUUUCUCCUCCUGGUCUAGGGCCUACAACAUUACCUUUUCCCAUCCCUCCUGGACAUAAGGGUAUCUCUUGGACAAUAAGGGCUCGGAGGGUAGGUUCCUGGACAAUCAGGGGGUAGGGGUAGGUCCUGGCCAAUCAGGACUCAGGAGAAUUCUACUGACCAAUCAGUAUCUCAUCUAGUCAGUCCUGGGAGCCUCUUCCAGUCAGUCAAAGCCUGGAGGGCAGGAUCUUCGGGUUAUUUGACAUUUUUGAGGGUAUCUUUUGGCCAAUCAGGGUCUCAGAGGCAUAUCUUAGCUAAACAGGGUCUGGGGUGCAUUUCCUAAUGAUCAGGGUCUUGGGGUAUCCUCCAGCCAACUUGAGCUGCGAUCCCAUUUCUGAGUUAAUUAGAGGACAAGGAUGUAUCUUCCUCAUGAGGCCUUAAGUGUUUGGCCCUGAGGUGUUUCUCCCUAAAGAGGCACCAGAAACAAGCAAACAAACACAAACAACAACAAAAAGAAAACCUUCCAGCUUUUUUCCAGUUGACUUUGAUAGAGGUCCUGGGCCCAGAGACACUGGGGGCUUGGACCAAGUCCUGGGAGGGGAGGCACAAACAUGUUCUGUGCCAUCAGGCAUAAACCACUUUGAAUGGCCUCAGUGCCCCUGCCGACUAAAGCCUGGGUUUGCUCUCUCAGCAAGUCCUCUAAGUGAAACAGGGCCCAGUCUUCCCUUCUCUCCUAUAGCUGGUUUCUAGUAUUGUCCUAGACUAUUGAGAGAAUCGAGUAUAGAUAGUCCUUAGCAUUUCUGUGAUUCCCAGGGGCCUUUUACUUUACUCCCUAGAACUUGGAAGUGUCUGCUUUGCCCCAUCCCCUGGCACUCAAAAUGGGAAGAAAAGAGGAGAGAGAAAUGCUUGUAUGCCAUAGAGGAUUCUUGGCCCGAAGGUCAGGGGACCCUGGGUUCUAGUCUCAACUUUGCUGCUAAUUCAUCAUUGGACCUUGGGCACUUGUGACUUUCCCUCUAUGGGAUCUCAUUUUCUUUCUCUAUAAAAUGAAGAGUUUGGACUCAAUGAUCUCCCUAGGUCCUUUCCAGCCCAGACAUUUUAGGAUUCUAUUUUUGACCCCAUGCCCUUUACUCUCCUUCCCUUCUUCAGUUCUCAUUCUAUUUCUGGUUCUGGGCAGGCAUGGGUUGGCACCUAAGGACUAAAGAACUCUGCCCUGUUGGGAUAGGCAAAGACCUUUCCCAAACCCCUGUUCCCCUGGCCUUCCAAUAUCUCUCUUUUCCCAAGGCUGUGAUUGGCAGAGAAGGGGGGAAUACCCCAUUUCUGAGUGGAUAAAAAAACCCAACCUUUAUUCAUCCUUCCUCCAUGCCCCCUUACAGCUGCUAAUCUCCUUGAAAAUUAAAUCGACAGUGCCUCUUUUCCUCUCCUCUGUUUGUUCCCCACCCACUCCCCCAAUUCAGUGAUGUCUCAGCCUUGCCUAAGUGAGGUCCCUUCCCACCUGCCGAGUGGUUUUCCACUAGCUUGGAAUGGAUCUUAAGACUGUAGGCUCCAUUUAUACCCAGAUUCCAGAAAAAGGAAAUGGGGAUUCUAACUGCAUUGGAAUUUUAUAUGUCCCUUUUAUCUGGAAGGGCUAAAAGCCCUACUAACCAAAAAAACGACUGGCUGCUGAAGUAGCAGAGUAGGGAACAAGGAGUGAGAACACUUGGGUUCUAGGUUCCCUCCCGUCUGACCUGUCACUUCAUUGCUGACCUGGUUUCUUCCCUAAGAGAGGAGCCCCAAAGGAGCUGGUGAGGAUAGAGUGGGUGUCCCUAGCUACUCGGUAUGCCUUCUUGUUCCUAAGCAUCAAGCUGAAGGGCUUAGGGUAUGUGAUAAAGCAUUCCUGGACUGGUCUCUUUCCAGGUUAUCUGGGGGUGGCAUGUAGAACAAGGCAAGUCGAGGACAGAGGUCAGGGGAGUGCUUGGGACAGCGAGUCUUCAUUCUGCUCUUGGGUGUCAGCACGAGCCUUCCCCUCACCCCCACUCCCACCCCUCCCCCAAUUCCCUCAGCCCCGAAAGGUGGUUUUGUAAUGGUUUGUACAGGAAUAAAUAUUACUAAGCUC